CAAUAGAAAUUAUGAAUUUGGGAUUUUUAAUUUUAUUUUAUGACGAACUAGUAUGGCCCGGCCCAAACCCUGCCAUGUCCACCCCUCAAAGCCCAAAGUGAGAAUUCAUAUUUCGCUUUCCAAUUUAUUUCGUCCAAACUCUGCUACCUCCGACUCCGAACUCCGACUCCGACCACCGCCCAGUUCGCCGGCGAGCAUUCCGCCUCCGAAUCGCUGGAUGUCUGCUACGGUGCGCCGUGUGCGUAACACUCUCAAGGUGUGCUCCUCUUCGCCAUUCGUGCCCUCUCCCUCAAACUCACACUCUUCACAAACCCUAAUCUCUUCUACUCUCACACUCACUCUCCCCCCCAAAACCCUAAAUUCUCAACUCUCACAAUGUUGUUCUACUUCAUCUUCUUCUUCUGUCGAUCGAAACUUCGAUUUUCUCCAACAGUUUUCACCUUUUCCACUUCGCAAUUCAUCAAAUUCUUCAAUCACUGUAAUCAAUUCGAAUGAAAGGAGAAGAAUCGUUGUUGGGUUAGCUACGAUGAUCAAACAACAGCAAGGUUAUCUUUUGAAGGGUUUUUCUCGUAAUUUUUGCCCAUAUUUUCUUGUACAGAUCAUGAAAUUGUUUGAACACCGGCAAAUUGCAUUUGCAUUUUUCAAAUUUUCAUUUGGGGAUGAUUCGAAGGAGACAUUGCGGUCAUGUUGCCUUGCUGCCCAUCUUUUGGCAGCUGGUGGGCUGCGUUUUUUCGCACAAGAUUUGCUCUCGUGGGUCAUUGCAAGAAUUGGGUUUUGUAGGAGUUGGGAGGUGGUGGGGUUUAUGUGGGGAGAGCACCACAAGUACGAGUCUGAUUUCUCGGUUCUUGAUUCGCUUAUGCGGGCUUUCUUGAAUGCAGAAAUGAUUUCUAGAGCACUGGAAAUGGUGGAUAGGAUGAGGGAGGUUGGAGCAACGCCGAGCUUGUCAGCUGUUACCAUUCUUUUCAAAUUGUUGCUGGGGAUUGGUGAUUAUGGUAGUGUGUGGAAGUUGUUUAGGGAUAUGGUUCAUAAAGGACCUUGCCCCGUGAAUUAUACAUUCAAUGUGAUAAUUCUUGGGUUUGUUAGAAAAGGAUAUCUCCAAAUAGGAGAGAAUUUAUUUCAUAUAAUGAGAAAGUUUCAAUGUGAGCCUGAUGUUUAUACCUAUAACAUUUUGAUUAAUGCAUGCUGCAUCAGGGGUCAAACGUCAGAUGCGUUGGCUUUGUUACAUUUGAUGGUUGGAAGUGGUUGUAAUCCUAGCAUUGUUACAUUUAGUACAGUUAUUAAUACCUUGUGCAAGGAGGGAAAUGUCGUGGAAGCGAGGAAACUCUUUGAUGGUAUUCAAGAGAUAGGUGUCUUUCCAAACACUAUCAUGUAUAACACCUUAAUUGAUGGGUAUGUCAAGGCUAGGGACAUUGAUCAGGCUAACAUGCUUUAUGAAGAAAUGAGGAACAAGGGUGUAGCUGCUGAUGUUGUAACUUUUAACAUUUUGGUUGCUGGACAUUACAAGUAUGGUAGAGAAGAAGAUGUUGACAGGUUGUUGAAGGAUUUAACCAUGUCAGGAUUGCUUCCUGAUCGUUCACUGUCUGAUAUAUCAGUUGCAGGAUUGUGUUGGGCAGGACGGUUGGAUGAGGCAAUGGAAAUUUUGGAGGAUAUGCUUGAGAAAGGGAUAGCUAUCAGUGUCCUUUCUUUUAACUCUGUCAUUGCAGCUUAUAGCCAUGCAGGCCUAGAAGACAGAGCCUUUGAAGUCUACAAAAUUAUGUUGAAAUUUGGUCUGAGUCCAUCAUCUUCCACAUGCAGUUCUCUCCUUAUGGCUUUGUCCAAAAAAGGGAAGCUGCAAGAAGCGAGGAAGCUUAUGAAUGUAAUGAUAGAGAAGGGUUAUCCUGUCAAUAUAGUGGCUUUUACUGUGAUUUUAGAUGGGUAUUUCAGAACAGGUGGCGUACAGGCGGCUCAAAGUUUAUGGGAGGAGAUGGAAAGUAGAGGGAUGUCUCCUGAUGCCGUUGCCUUCUCAGCCUUGAUUGAUGGACUUUCUAAAGCAGGUCUUGUUGAGGAGGCAUACAAUGUGUUUUUGGAAAUGUUGGAGAGAGGGUUUGUACCAAAUAAUUAUGCAUACAAUUCAUUGAUUGGUGGGUUUUGUAACUGUGGAAGAUUGAGUGAAGCGUUGAAGUUGGAGAAGGAGAUGAAGCAAAGGGGUCUUCUCCCUGAUAUCUUCACCAUCAAUAUGAUCAUUAAUGGGUUCUGCAAACAGGGCAGAAUGAAGUCAGCAAUUGAUACUUUUAUGGAUAUGCACCGAAUAGGGUUGACACCAGAU